CGGGCCAGUUAAUAUAAUUGUUGGCUCUGUACGCACGCACGGUUGCACAGAUGAUGCAGAAGGCCAUGGGGAAGGCACGUGUGGCGACGUGCGUGGUGGCGGCCGCGCUGGUCGUCGCCGCGGUGGUGGCGGCGGUGAUGUCGACCUCGGGCAGAGCCAAGUCGGGGUCGGGCAGGGCGUCGACGGCGCAUUGCAACGAUGGGCAGCUGAUGGUGUGCGCGGCGGCGAUCAUCAGCGGGGCGGCGCCGUCGGCGUCGUGCUGCUCGAGCCUGCGGGCGCAGCAGGGAUGCUUCUGCCAGUACGCGCGCAACCCUGCGUACGGUGGGUAUAUUGGCAGUCCCACCGCCCACAGGGCCAUCGUCGCAUACCACGUCGCCGUUCCGAGCUGCUAGCCAGGCGGCCGACGCUGGCGCGAAGUAUGUAUGAACUGUAUAAUGUGACGUCUCAGGCCCGUACUUAUAUUUUUUGAG